CCUGGAGGAAGAGCAGCACAGACAGAGGGAGGCUGGGGUUGGCAGAGACUGGGACGAAGGUCCUCAGCCCCCAAGGAGCCUCCUUCAUGGACCCGGGAUCCCGAGCAGGGCUGCCUCAACUUAGGAUGGGCAACUGUGUCAAGUCUCCACUGAGAAAUCUUUCAAGGAAGAUGCGCCAGGAGGAGCAGACCAGCUACAUGGUGGUGCAGACAAGCGAGGAGGGGCUGGCAGCUGACGCUGAGCUCCCCGGACCGCUCCUGAUGCUGGCCCAGAACUGCGCUGUCAUGCACAACUUGCUGGGCCCUGCCUGCAUUUUCCUGCGCAAGGGCUUCGCUGAAAACUGGCAGCCUGACAGAUCGCUGCGACCAGAGGAGAUUGAAGAGCUACGAGAGGCCUUCAGAGAAUUUGACAAGGACAAAGAUGGCUACAUCAACUGCCGGGACCUGGGCAACUGCAUGCGCACCAUGGGCUACAUGCCCACUGAGAUGGAACUCAUUGAGCUGUCCCAGCAGAUCAACAUGAACCUGGGUGGCCAUGUGGAUUUCGAUGACUUCGUGGAACUAAUGGGGCCUAAACUCCUGGCAGAGACAGCAGAUAUGAUUGGAGUAAAGGAACUGCGAGAUGCUUUCCGAGAGUUUGACACCAAUGGUGAUGGGGAGAUAAGUACCAGUGAGUUGCGAGAGGCCAUGAGGAAGCUCCUGGGCCAUCAGGUGGGACACCGAGACAUAGAGGAAAUUAUCCGAGAUGUAGACCUCAAUGGGGAUGGACGAGUGGACUUUGAAGAAUUUGUCCGGAUGAUGUCCCGCUGAGGCUGCGAGGGUCCCUCCAGGACUGCCAAGCUCCCACAGGCGGGGAGAAGACCCAGAGCUCGCCUCACCCGCCAUAGCCGCUGAGAGCUCAGGAUGUACUGGCGGAUGGGGCCUGCCUGCACCCCGGGGAGGUGCCCACCCCGGAUCCCCACCCCUCCGCACUGUGAAAGACUAACUCCUGCAACUGGAAAGGGGGGCGCCCGCCGAUGAGGAGGCCACAGUGCCAAGCCGGCAGAGGUCAUGCCAGGCGCCAAGUGCCAUGUACCCAGCUGUUGCUGGCUGGGUGGGCCAGGGAGCCCACCAGCAGACCCCACACAGCAUGUCCGCCCCAGGGCAAAGCCUCUCGCUGCCCUCCUUAGCUCUGCACCCGUUCCAGCUCGCCUCAGCCCUGUUAUCUCAGAACCAAUAAAAAUAUUUCCAAGAG